CUACCAGCCAAUGCAUAUUUUGUGGACAUUCAAUGGGCCGUACCCCUUUAAUAUAAAAUAUUAAAGAUUGACAACAGAAGAGACUUUAUAAUGGACAUUUGCCACCCUGUAACUAAAAGUUUUAAAUGCAGAAUUAACAUCCCUAAGAAGGUGCCAUUGAUCAUUAACAUGGGUUUUAUUAUAUUCAUUAUCCGUUAUGAUUAUAACCUACAAGUAUAUGAGCUUAAAGUGAUCCCUCGGUAGCAUUAAUCUCAACAAAAUUACAAGAGAACUACAGACUUGGUUUGAUUGAGUCUGUACAUGAGGGGUAAUAUAAAGUGCAACAUCCCUCACGCCCCCUAGCACAGGCUUGAGCAGUACUCAAUUCUCAACACUUAAAUAGUGUUGCCAUCAAGACCCACUGCUGAGAUUUAGCAAAAAUCUGCUUAAUAACUAAAAGUGUAACAGUUACAUGUUAGCUAAAAAUUAUAAAAUAAGAUAAAAAAACAUCAACAAGGAACGCUUAAGUCUGAUGUGUUUUCUUUUUCUCGCUUUUCAGUGUAUUGAUGAACUCAUCAAGUCUCAGGAGCUACUUGAGAAAGAAGAGGAAGAGAGACAGCGAAUUGAAGAGGUGCUAAGUUCGGAAGUGGUUGAAGAGGGUUCAUUACAUUGAGAUAUGUGGUAAUACAACUUCCAGAGCCUGCCAGACAUCAGAGCUGGUUGCCACAAGACCAACAGAAAACAAAAGCUUUCAAGUCAGGGUACAAGUGCGUGAAUUUGGGACCUCAACAAACAUUGAAACAAAAGAUAUGAUUUGUGGGCCAGAUAUACGAGAACAUCCGGUUGAAAAGGGCUUCCAGUUCCCAGAGAGUGAUGAUAGCAGCAAUGAAGUGUUGUCUGAUGAGGAAUUCAAUGACUCCAUUGAAAAUGACCCUGACUGGGAACCGUCCGAGGAGGAUCUAGCAGAUCAAGAGGAAGAUGAAGAAGAUGAUGAUGAGAAUUCAACAGUUUGGCAUGAUUGUAUGGAAGACACAUCUGAUCCUGUUGCAGAGAAGAAGUUUAUUGUCUUUGAAAGUUGUCUACUCCAGCUGUUUAAGUUGUGCCAUAUUUGUUCGGCAGUUUGUUAUAACAUUAAAAAGAAAGUUGUUGGAAGUAUGAUUAUUAUAGAGAGUGUAUGUGAAACUGGACAUCUAAAAACAUGGCGCAGUCAGACUGAACUAAAUGGUACUCCAACAGGGAAUUUGUUAGCAGCAGGUGGAAUUGUGUUUUCUGGAGCUUCUCCGAGUAAAGUGUUGAAUUUUUUCAGAUUCAUUAACAUAUCAAUGAUCUCAAUGAGUACAUUUACGCGAAACCAAAAAUCCUUUGUAGUUCCUGCUAUUGCCAACACAUGGAAGGCUAAACAGACUGAAAAUCUAAUGGCAUGUAGGGGUCAGGAUGUAAGAGUAGGAGGGGAUGCUCGCUGCUGUUCACCUGGCCAUACGGCUAAGUACGGAAGCUAUACCCUGAUGGAUUUAGAUACUGGACUUGUAUUAGCUACAGAAUUAGUACAGAGCAAUGAAGUGAAAAAUUCUAACGCUAUGGAGUUAGAAGGCUUGAAGAGAGCAAUAAGCACAGUACAGGAUGGGGGUGUGAAAUUGAGUGACAUUACAACAGAUCGACACCUUCAAGUACGCAAAUAUUUGCGAGAAAAUGAGAAGGAAAUUAACCAUUGGUUUGACACCUGGCAUGUUGCUAAAAGUGUGAAGACCAAACUUGCAACACUGUCCAAAAAGAGAGGAUGUGAGAAAGUGGGGAAAUGGUUACAGUCAAUUUCCAAUCAUCUCUACUUCUGUGCUGCUACAAGUGGGGGAGAUGGAGAAAUGGUUGAACAGAAAUGGCUAUCAGUUUUAAACCAUAUCACAAAUAAACAUGAAGGUCAUGGCAGAAAAUUUCCAAAAUGUACACACACACACUUAUUGAAAGAGAUUGGAUUAAUGCAGGUUCAAAAGCACACAAAGAGUUACAGUUGUUACUUGGAAACAAGCGGCUAGUUUCAGAUAUCAGAAAGUUAUCUCCCGUUGACCAGACAUCAGGCCUUGAAGCUCACCAUAAAGUUGUGUGUCAGUUUGCGCCGAAAUUUGUUAGUUUCUCAUAUGCAGUCAUGAAGCAAAGAGUCAACCUAGCAGCCCUGCAUACAUGUUCAAAUGCUGGUAGAGCACAGGCAGUUACUAGAGAGGGGCUUCUUCGGUACAACCUAGGGUACCCAAAGUACAAAGGUGGAAAACAUACUGUGAAACCAAUCAUGGAGG